UUAGACAGAGAGAGUACUAGCUUAUUAAAUAAUAAAAAAAGAGACAGAGAGAGCACUGCUCGUUACCUAGAAGUUGACCCAAAGUUAAGAGAUUAACUUACAAUAGAUUAAGAUUUUCUGUUAUCACAAAGCUAUCAUUCCAUUUUAGUUUCCACAAAAAAAAAUGGCAACAAGAACCAAACUUUCUGUUUGCAUGAUAGUGUUAUUAUUUGCAGCAACAUUUAGAGUGUUAAUCGUUAAUGCAAUAGAUGAAUGGUCCAAUUUCGCAAUCAAUGAAGCAACCAUAGAAGACAUACAAAAAGCCUUCAACCGAAACGACCUCACUUCAAGACAACUCGUUGACUUUUACUUAAACCGAAUCGAAACCCUCAAUCCCGUACUUGGCGCUGUAUUGGAAGUUAAUCCGGACGCACGAGAUCAAGCGGACAAAGCUGAUUGUGAGAGACAAGAAAAUCAGAACCGUUCAUUGCUUCACGGGAUACCUGUUUUGCUCAAAGACAGUAUUGCCACCUUUGAUAAACUCAACACUACAGCGGGUUCUUAUGCAUUGUUGGGAUCGAAGGUUCCACGUGAUGCACACGUGGUUUCUAAGCUAAGGGAUGCUGGUGCCAUCAUUUUGGGAAAAACUAGUCUCUCUGAAUGGUAUGGGGUUCGUUCUAGUACUGCGCCAGAAGCUUGGUGCGCCAGAGGUGGAUUUGCAAUUAAUCCUUAUGUGGAAACCAAAAGUCCAUGUGGGUCUAGCUUUGGAUCUGCAGUUUCAGUGGCAACUAACAUGGUUACAGUUUCACUAGGGACAGAAACGGAUGGCUCUAUUAUCUGUCCGGCUGAUCAUAACUCGGUAGUCGGGAUCAAGCCUACUGUUGGACUGACUAGCAGGGCUGGUGUCAUACCAAUUUCGCCUCGUCAAGAUACUAUUGGGCCAAUAUGCAGGACAGUUUCGGAUGCAGUUCAUGUGCUUGAUGUAAUUGUUGGGUUUGAUCCAAGAGAUUAUGAAGCUACAAAGUCAGCGGCAAAGUUUAUACCUUCAGGUGGUUAUAAGCAAUUCCUCAAGAAACAAGGGCUUAAAGGAAAGAAAAUAGGUGUUUUGAGAAAUCCAUUUUUGAUUCCUUAUAAGGGAUCCAAAGUCAUUUCCAUAUUUGAGGAUCAUCUCAUUGUAUUGAGAGAAAGAGGUGCAACAGUUGUUGAUAAUUUGGAAGUAGAAAAUUUAACGACCGUUCUUGAUCCACUCCAAAGUGGUGAAAUGAUAACCUUACUUCCAGAAUUCAAGUUGUCCAUCAACAAAUAUCUGCAGGAGCUCAUUUAUUCUCCUGUGAGGUCUCUAGCUGAGAUUAUAGAAUUCAACAUCAACAACCCUAUCUUAGAGAAGACUGAUGAGUAUGGGCAAGAUUUCUUUAUGGCAUCAGAAAUGACCAGUGGCUUUGGAAAAAGUGAAACUGAGGCAGUGAAAAUGAUGGACCAAUUGUCGAAAAAUGGGUUUGAGAGAGUGAUAAAAGAAAAUCAAUUGGAUGCAUUGUUGGCCAUAGGCUCCAAUGUUUCUCCAAUGUUUGCAAUUGGAGGGUAUCCUGCAAUCACUGUCCCAGCUGGGUAUGAUAACCAAGGAAUGCCAUUUGGAAUCUGUUUUGGAGGGUUAAAGGGAACUGAGCCGAAACUAAUUGAGAUUGCUUAUGACUUUGAGCAAUCUACCAAUGCAAGGAAGCCACCCCCUCGCAUUUCAUUCACAUGAAGAAAUUUAAGGAUGGUGCCUGACUUGACUCAUGUGUUUGUAGUGAUUGUAGAUUUUGAUUAAUGGAAGUACGAUAUCGCAUGAUCGUAGAUGUAUAUCUUUUACCUUAGUUUUUGCAAUUGUAUUAUUGAUCUGAUGUUGAAUUAACAGUCAUCAUAUUACAUGUUCGAAAGGAUAUGUUAUAGCAGAAGUUUAUUACAGUUUAAA